AUGUUUGAACGAAUAUCAAACUUCAGACUCAUUAAACUUCAAUUACCGGUUUUCACUCUAAACACUUUGUCGAUGUCGAGAUACGGAUUUAGUCAAGCACAAUUGGAAGUGGAAACGUUAAUAACAAUUAAAUGCUUCAGUGAUAUGCCAGCAAAUCUAAUUGAUUUGGAUGUUCAUAUUUAA